CACAAACUAUCCUAUAAUUAUCCAAAUAACCGACUCCCUCCACUCUCUUCCAAGUAAAAUUACCAAAACACCCUGCCGACCAUUACAUAUUUAUCUCCGAGUAACCUCCCCCCAAACUCACUUUCUCGUACCAAACAAUGUCGGCGGGAGACCAAAUAGCGGCGGCGUUAACGGCACACUUAGCGUUAGCCGGCGACGGCGCAUUCCUAGGCGUAGCCCUAGCCUACGUGGCAAUUCGAAGCUUCACAAAAUUCAGCGCCACGUCAUCAGCGCUUCGGAAAAUCCGAGAUGCACCUUCCGUACAAGUGUCGGAUCUACGGUCCUUAAUUAACGAAGAAACUGACGGCGAAGAUGGAGGAGAGAGAAUAUCGAAGGUUGUUGUUGUUGUACAAGGUUUAGUAGAGUCAAAGUCUGCUGUCAAAGGUAGUUGGAAGAGUUUGUGGCCUGCUGUUCUUGUUUCUCAUGAUUCUGGUGAUCGUGGUGUUAUUAUUCAGCGAUCUCAGAAGUGUAUAUACAACGAAUGGAGAGGAUUGUUCGGAUGGUAUACUGAUCUACGUGCUGUCGUGGCGAGAGCUUGGAGAGAUCAGGGUUCUUCGUCCAUUAGAAUGGUUCCUUUUGUACUUGUUGAUGGUCGUCAACAGCCGCAUUCUGAUUAUGUUCUGGUUGAUUUGGAUGGUUCAAAACAUCCACUGCCUCUGACAACCGUCUACCAUAAUAUGCAACCUAUUCAAGCUUCCCCCUAUACCUUUCUUCAGGCACUUCUUGGACAUGAAUACCCGGUUGGCGUGGUCGAUGAGGAGAAAAUUCUUCCGCUUGGGAAGGAGGUUACAGCAGUUGGUACUUGCUUUUCAAAGAAUGGGAUUUUUGAGAUCAAGUCAUGCAGAGAUCUUCCUUACUUUCUGUCUGAGUUGACCAAAGAUCAGAUGGUAAUUGAGCUCUCUUUCAAGACGAAGUUCUUACUAUGGAGUGGUAUCGUUGUUGGUACGGUAUCAAUUGGCAUACUUGGCUAUGCAAUUGUUAGGAAUUGGAAUAAAUGGAAGCAAUGGUGGGAAUACAGGAGGGCGCAGCUGCAAAACCGUGCUGUUGAUGGUGAUAGUAGCAGCAACAAUUCCGAGUCUGAAGUUGUUGAAGAUGAAGAAGUGGGAGACAUUCCUGAUGGGCAGUUGUGUGUAAUCUGCCUUAUGAGGAGACGACGAUCUGCAUUUGUACCGUGUGGGCACAUGGUUUGUUGCCAGAGAUGCGCUUUUUCAGUUGAACGAGAUUUAUCACCAAAAUGUCCUGUUUGCCGGCAGGCUAUCCGUGGUUCAGUCAGGAUAUAUGAUUCUUGAGGAGAAAGAAGUGAGGAGCUUCGAAGCCUCGUGCGCGCAGCCUAGACGAGAACAUCACCAACCGGCCGAGUGCAGCAGCCCCGGACGGGCACUGAGGCCCGUGCGGGCUGGUGGUAGGCUCGAACGGGCCAUCUAGUUCCCCUACAUUCUGCCUCGAGGGCAGAAAGUUCUUCCAAGGCCUGCCCCGGGCGGGUAGCUUGCCCUGUUUCGCUUUUUUGCGAUUUUAAUCCGGAUUAUUUCGGAUUUUAUGUUUUUGUUUUAGGGUGAUUUUGUAAACUUUAGAAAGUCAUGUAUAAGGCAUCCUAAAGUCAUUUUAGUCAUCCAAGAUUCAUAUUAGCCACAAAAUAACUCUCUCUCUCUCCUCUCUCUCUUCUUCUUCUCCAUUGUAAUUCCUCCAUUAG